ACGCACAUCCUUCUCAUUCCGUGUCGACUGUUGCUCUGAGCGGACAUACCGGGAAUGGGCUCUACAGCGAAAGCUAAGAAAAACUUCCAAUUUUUCCGCGUUUAUGCCCUCCGGAGGGUGCUCUUUAUUUUGCGGGAAUAGUUCCGGAAAGAAUAUUGAAUUCAAAUGUGAAGGAAGGUAGAAAGUUGCGUGAAAAGACAACGAAUGGGAUAAAAAAUUGCAAUUAAGACUAUUUUUAAAGGCUUUAAAUAUCUGGACCAUUCCCCAAACGUCAAUUUUGAAGAGAUAUUCUCAUUUCCAAAAAAAAAAAAAAAAGAAAAUCAUAAUCAUUCGAAAUAUCAAAGAAUUUACGCCAAUCUUAAUCUUUAGCUUUGUCAGAAAAUACAUUUGACCAGAAACUAACAAUCCUUUGGCUGUCCUGAUACUAAACUACAAGACGAAGGAUCCAAGCAGGUUAACAAGUUUCACGGAGUAAGUGGAAGUUUGUACGAGUUGCUGCGUGUGUGUAUGGAGAAGAGCGCAGACGCUUAUCCGUUGCGUUGUCAGAGAAGCGGUCAUGGCAAAGUGGUUUAAAGAUUUUCCAACAAGUCUCAAAACUGGAUCAGAUCGAAUUCGUUCGGCUUCUGAAUCUGGCACUCAAGCUCGCCCCAAACCGGUGCCGAACAGCGGUACCGGAGCGAAAGGGAGCUUGCGUAAAAAUUCUGGAGCAGAAAAUGCCAGCGGCGGCGGAGUGGGUUCGCUACUGUCAGGCAGAAACCGAAAAAAUUCGGCCAUUGAACUGGGACGGAACCACUCUAGCACAGCCUCUGGUUCGGCCAAAGAUGGAAAGAUAUGGGAAAUUCUGAUUCCAGGAAAAAGUAAGAAGAAUCCCCGAAUGGAAGGCUUUGAAGACCACCGUACUCUCAGGACGACUAGUUCUGCUGACCCAUACAUGAGCCGAAUGGUCAAAGUAGAUAAACAAGAGAAAGGCUCAAAGUACGUGAAUACCGCAGCGGACACCGAGCGAGGGAAAUCCCCGCUUAAAACGGAGACGCUGAUAAUCCUGGAGGACUACGCAGACCCUUACGAUGCAGAGAAAACGAGGGAGCAGAGAGAAGCUGAAAGAGAAGGAGAGAAUGAUGGAUACAUGGAGCCGUACGAUGCCCAGCUUAUCAUAACAGAGAUCCGUCGUCGAGGAUCUAAGGACCUGCUGAAGGUGUGUGUGGUGUUGAACGGAGGAGAAGGGGAGGGAUCCGGGGAAGCGCAGAUCUACGACGUCCCAUACGAGGACGUGCUGGAGGGAAUUCCCCUGACCCGACCCGAGUCAGACCUCCGUCCACCCACGGAGUACGAGCUCCCCUGGGAAUGGAAAAAGGGGCAGAUUGUUCGAGCCCUGUCCGCUCAGUUUGAUGCUGUGGAGCGUGUGGCUAAAGACGACGGCGCCCCCCCAGCCGUGAAGCAACACACUCUGCGCUCGGUCAAGAGCUGGACCUCCAAAUCUCUACGGCCUUCUCCUCCAUCCCCCACCACACCCUCAGCCCCUGGAACCUGCCCCGACACGGACAGUCCCAAAGUCGACCCCACCCUGCCCCUGGAGAAACAGAGCUGGUAUCAUGGGAGUGUAAGUCGGCAGGAGGCGGAGGCUCAGCUCCAGAACUGCAGGGAGGCCAGCUUUCUGGUGCGAGACAGCGAGUCAGCCACCAGCAAAUAUUCCAUUGCCCUUAAGACCAGCCAGGGCUGUGUGCACAUCAUCGUAGCCCAGACUAAAGAGUGUGGUUACACACUGGACCAGAGCAGCUGUGUGUUCCCCAGUAUCCCAGAGGUGGUGUACCACUACUGCACCAGACGCCUGCCCUUCACCGGGGCUGAACAUAUGACCCUGCUGCACCCUGUACCCCGCACACCCUGAUCACACACACAUGCACACACACACAUGCACGACCCUGUGCAUGUGUGUUCUUGAGAAUGUAUUUGUGUUCUCUAUUUUCCCAUCUUUUUAUUUUCAUGCCCAGUUUAAACCAAGGUUAUUAGUCAAAUAAUGACCUCUUAUGACCCCAAAAGGGAAAGGAUCAUAGCCUACUUCUCAGAUACUAAAGUGUAGACACUGCAGCGUAGUUUGUUAUAGUCUGGAAUUCUUUUACCCUCUUCUUCUCUCGUGUCUGUGAGCGUGCUCGGAUAUGCUGCCUCACUGCGAGUUUCCCCCACCUGCUGGCUACAGACGCACACUGCAACAAUCCGUGAACUCUCCUCAGGUUAAAUUCCAAGACUAAGAACUGCUGGAAUCGUAUUAGUUUGUUGUUGUGCCACAAGGGUUUAAUGCACUAAACAUCUGUUCUGUUGCUUCUUUAUUUUCCGUUUUCUUCCACUGUUUUAGCUGGCAGGUAAAUGCACUUGUAGGCUUCCCAAAUAAAAAAAUUUGUUAAGUAUUUCAUCGACAGCCACAGGACAGCCAAGGUUGGCUUGUUACGGCCGAUCAAUGCUGCAAAUUGAAGCUGGCAUGCAAAUUGAAUCAAGUGUCUGUUGAUUGGCCCACUGUGUUGUCAGUCCUUGAUAAAUCUUUCUAUCGAUUGGUGCGAGUCAGUUGUGGGGGUGGGGUGUGGGGGAUGUGGUAUACAUUGAUGUUGGGGGGUGUACAGUCAUGGUGAGUUGACCUCGAAAUUACCUGUGGCACCUCCCGCUAGGCUACAUGAGUGCAUGCAAUUGUGUUUUAGGAGACACUGAUAUCAGACCAAAGUAACAUAACUGUACCUUUUUAUCUCUGAGUUUGUAAGCAAUGAUUUUGAAAGGGAUUUUGAACAUUUUAAUUGAAUAGAAAGUGCUAAAGAUUUUUGCCUUUGUUUGUACAAUAUAAGACUAUGCAAAAAUAAAGCCAUCAUGAUUCAAAAUGUUAA